GUAGCGUGAUGAUGUAAGCAGUGUUGGCGUGGUGACGUACGAGGGGCCGCGCAUGUUGCGGCCUGUGGUCGGUACGUAGGUUUAGAAUUGUAGCGGGCAGUGGGGCGCUCCAGUUACCUACUGCACUUGGUUUCUUUCUGGCGUUUGCCAAGUAUCCUGUCUGUUCCGCCCCGUUGGGAAGAGAGGGAAACGGAAGGUUCUGUGGGGACAGCUGGGAGUCCCGAAGGAGAAAGCGUGCAGCUGGAGGGUUCUGGAGCAUCUUAUAGCCGAGCUGUAGCCGCGGAAGGGGAGCCGCUGAGAAGGGAGGGUCCUCGCAGGCGCGUUCGAACCGCGACGUCUGGGCUGCUCUCGCGGAGGGCCAGGGCGGCCGCACGAUGUUGGGGGCCCGCUGCUUGCUCCGGGCGGUGCGCUUUUGUUCCUCUGCCCCCUGCCCCAGGCACAAACCUUCAGCCAAACUGAGCGUGCGGGACGCUCUCAGGGCCCAGAACGCGAGUGAGGAACGUGUUAAGGUCCAGGGAUGGGUUCGUUCUGUCCGAUCUCAGAAGGAAGUCUUGUUCCUGCAUGUAAAUGAUGGGUCAUCUUUGGAAAGCCUUCAGGUUGUUGCAGAUUCAAGCCUUGACAGUAGAAAAUUAACUUUUGGGAGUUCUGUGGAAGUCCAAGGGCAGCUGGUAAAAAGUCCAUCCAAAAGGCAAAAUGUGGAACUGAAGGCAGAAAACAUUGACGUUAUUGGAAAUUGUGAUGCUAAGACUUUCCCCAUCAGAUACAAAGAAAGGCAUCCUCUGGAAUACCUGAGACAAUAUCCUCACUUGAGGUGUAGGACUAACAUUCUGGGAUCUAUACUGAGGAUUCGCAGUGAAGCGACAGCUGCUAUUCAUUCUUUCUUUAAGGACAGUGGCUUUGUGCAUAUUCAUACUCCAAUAAUCACAUCCAAUGACUGUGAGGGAGCUGGAGAACUUUUUCAACUUGAAGCUGCAGGCAAAAUAAAAGUACCUGAGGAGAAUUUCUUCAAUGUUCCUGCUUUCUUAACUGUCUCAGGACAGCUUCAUCUAGAAGUGAUGUCAGGAGCUUUUACUCAAGUGUUUACCUUUGGUCCAACCUUCCGAGCUGAAAAUUCUCAGAGCCGGAGGCACCUGGCAGAGUUUUAUAUGAUAGAAGCAGAGAUUUCUUUUGUUGACAGCCUUCAAGAUCUCAUGCAGGUUAUGGAGAAACUCUUCAAGGCUACAACAAUGAUGGUUCUCUCAAAUUGUCCUGAAGAUGUUAAUCUCUGUUACAAAUUCAUAGCUCCGGGCCAAAAGGACAGAUUAGAACUUAUGCUGAAAAACAACUUUUUAAUCAUUUCUUACACUGAAGCAGUGGAGAUCUUAAAGCGAGCAUCCCAGAACUUCACCUUUACCCCAGAGUGGGGUAUUGAUCUACAAACUGAACAUGAAAAGUACCUGGUGAAGCACUGUGGCAACAUACCCGUCUUCGUCAUUAAUUAUCCAUUAGCACUCAAGCCUUUCUACAUGAGGGAUAAUGAAGAUGGCCCUCAGCACACAGUUGCUGCUGUUGAUCUUCUGGUUCCUGGAAUUGGGGAACUCUUUGGAGGAGGCCUCAGAGAAGAACGAUACCAUUUCUUAGAGGAGCGCCUAGCCAGAUCAAGACUUACAGAAGUCUACCAGUGGUAUCUGGACCUUCGUCGAUUUGGAUCUGUGCCACAUGGAGGUUUUGGGAUGGGAUUUGAACGCUACCUGCAGUGCAUCUUGGGAGUUGACAAUAUCAAGGAUGUUAUUCCUUUCCCAAGGUUUCCUCAUUCAUGUCUUUUAUAGCUGGAAGAUUGGUUAAGGAAAAGCAACUCAUGGCAGAGGCACUGCACGUGAUUUCUGCAUACAUUGGAAUGCAUGUUUGGAUUUUAGAAAUGCAAAUUUCAAUAUAUAAUUGUUGUGGUACCAUAAGAUAUCAUAGAAAAAAUAUAAGUGGUUGUGAUUUUCUUAGAAAGUUGAGGCCUUUCACGUAAGGAUGAUUUCCCCCAAGUACAAGUACUUAUAGCAAGGGGUCUCAAAUCCUUUACCUCAAUUAAGAAGAAUUGAAGAAAUUGAAUUAGAUAAUCUCAAAGUUUCUUUUCAACUCUAAAACAGGAUGAGAUAGUAUAUUUUACUUUGUCUAUAAUCAUUAAAUCACUUUCCUGUGUAAUUUUUGAGAACCAUCUAGUAGAUCAAAAUAAGGUUGGAUCUUUUCUCCCCUUGCCAUAUACUUCGUGAUAAAUGCUUAUCUUAUUUUCAGUGCUUUAACUAAACAUUGCAGAAAAGAAAUAUUCCUUAAGGUCUUAAUUGACUUAAUAAAGUAGCUAUUCUGAAUUGAAAUAUCUCCUUUGAUUGAACUGGAUGAAAAAUUACAUUUAAUAACUGUUGCUUUUCAAUUAUAAAAGCUAAUGAGAUGUUGUAUUAACUAUUUAAACUCUUUAAUCACUGUUGUGUUAUAAUUUGUUUAUAUUUGAUGUUUACAAUUUCUCUAAUAAAAUAGAUAUUUUUAUUGGCA